GUCGCCCUUUGUGUGUAUCGAUACAUGGAGUAUCGAGAUCGUGUAUAUGGUUAAAUAAUCGGUCUCGUCCCAAGCAAUUUCCUUCGGCAGCAGAAAUCUUCCACACACACAGCCACACGAAGGUAGCUGGUUUUUACGUCGUCAGAAGUCUCCAGGUACAUUACUCUUAAACAUGGCUCCUCCAGUGUAUGCUGAUCUUGGCAAAUCUUCCCGUGACGUGUUUGGCAAAGGCUAUCAUUUUAGUCUGCUAAAGCUUGAAUGCAAAACGAAGACUUCCAAUGGAGUUGAAUUCACUACUGGUGGUUCUUCGAACCUUGACAGUGGCAAAGUGGUUGGAAAUUUGGAGACCAAAUACAAGGUUCCAGAAUAUGGCUUGACCUUCACUGAGCGCUGGAACACAGACAACACUCUUGGAACUGAAAUUGCCAUUCAAGAUAAAAUUGCUCAAGGAUUAAAAUUAACCUUUGAUUCCACUUUUGCUCCUCAAACAGGCAAGAAAACUGGUGUCGUCAAAGCUGAAUUCAAGCAUGACACUGCCACCUUGAAUGCUGAUGUGGACCUUAAUUGUGGCCCAACAGUCAAUGGCGCAGCCGUUUGCGGUUACAUGGGAUGGCUAGCUGGCUACCAAAUGUCAUUCGACAUGUCCAAGUCCCAGUUGACCCGCAAUAAUUUCUCCAUCGCCUAUGUAGCAAAAGAUUUCGCACUCCACACCAACGUUAACGACGGACAAGAAUUCGGUGGAGCCUUAUUCCAAAAGGUUAAUUCUAAUCUAGAAACAGGUGUCCAACUUGCCUGGACCGCCGGUUCAAAUGCCACGCGAUUCGGUAUUGGUUGCAAGUACCAGUUAGAUAACGACAGUGCAGUCCGCGCCAAGAUCAAUAACGCUUCCCAGCUUGGCCUUGGCUAUCAGCAAAAACUCCGCCAGGGUGUUACCAUUACCCUAUCGUCAAUGGUUGAUCUGAAAAACUUCAACCAAGGAGGUCACAAAAUGGGUAUGGCGCUGGAAUUGGAAGCCUAAUUUAAGAAACGUGUUUUAGCUUCUCUUGCGCAUUGUGCAAGUUUCUCAUGUAACUUUAAUCAUUGGCAAUUAUGGCAGAACCUUAGGAAAUAAAGAUCCGUUCCAGUAGUA